GUUUGCUUUGGGUUUGGUGCAAUCGAUUCGAGUCGCUGCCCCACUUAAGAGAACUUUCCUACAAUCUUAGCGCAUUGAUAGACAUAUAUAUCGUGUCAAGUAUGUCUUAUUAAAGCACCCAAACAAUACACAUGUUGGAACCUACAGUACUGUAUGCUUACUGCGCAAACUUACAAAUAUGCAUGGUUUUUAAAUGCAUAACCGCUUGAAUAUUCUCUAAACCGCGAUCUAUAUUUUAUCAGUGAAUUAAACAAAUUAAUUGCAAUAUAUAUAGAGAGAAUUUUCCUGUUGAAAUCCUAAAUCUAUAGCUUGGCCAAACAAUAGGAAGUGACAUAUGAGAUGCAAAUAUGAAAUAAGGACUGUUGAUAGUUAGAAUACAAGUCAUUAUACCAUUCCAACAGCGAUGGCAUAUUGUAUUGUUAUUGCACUUCUUAUGGUAGUUGUACACUAUAGUGAUGGAGGAUGCCAUGUUAAUGACUGGCCGCACUCGUGUCAAGCCAACUUUAGAAUAGGACCUCAAAGAUGUGAACCCUGUGAGUCUGGUAGUUACGGCUGUCACUGUUCAGAACCGUGUCCCUGUGGUACAUACGGUCAGGGAUGUUACCAUGUUUGUGAUUGUUCUGAUGAACAAUUCUGUGAUCCUUUAGUAGGUUGUACCAACAACAGUAGGACUACAGAUAUAACAACCGGUAAAGUUGAAUCUACGCCAUAUAUUAGAAGUAAUACAGGAGAUGUGAAAAGCACCACUUCGUCGAAGAGUGAUAAAGACCAACUGACAAUUUUGACUAUUGUCGGAAUAACCACUGGCACGCUACUGUCAAUAGGUGUUAUUUCCAAUGCACUUUGCUUCUGUUUCUUAUGCAGACGAAAAUCAGACUCGUUUUCUCUUGAAAAAGAUGUAAAAUCAACUGAGGGGGUACUUGAACUAGGAACCAAUGAAGAGGACAUCGAUGUUCAUUCAUAUCUCACUAUCAGUGAUAGAUCAGUCAGAUUGUAUGCAGCUGUCCAUUACGACGAGGCAGAGGACAAAAAAAGUAGUCUUUCGUUAUCACUACACAGUGAAAAAGAGGACUUAAGCAUCGAAAGUAAAACAAGUCCUUCCGUAUCCUUUCACAGCAAGAAAGAAGAGGAUAUAAGCAUUAAAAGUGAUACCAGUAAGAUAUCACAGGGAUAUUUGACUCCUGUUGUGACAAAAGCCGAGGAAACCAAAUCGGAUAGUCAACGAUCUAGUGAUUAGGAAGAAUUUGAAAAAGUCACAAAGUGUUCAGAAAAUUUCGAAUCUCCAGCCAGCUUGAGUUUCAAAUUAGGUACACUGGUCAAAAUUGACAGUGUUCAACUUUGAUUAAGGAUAAGCCAAAAGAAUCGCUAAAAUAAUACAUUAAGAUAAAAGUUUUUCUUCCCUCUUUUCAUAUGGAUACCUAGGUUAUGAUCUUUUUGUUAAAGACGUUAACUAGAAUUUAUUUUUCUACUAGAAAAGGCAACUUUAACCUUAAUUUUAAAUUUUAUGUGCCUUAAAUAGAGUGUAAUGCAUAAAUGAAAUUAAAAAUCAUUAUAAUAUUGAAAGUUUCACUCCUUUUGAUAAUUAUGUGCAAAAAACAAAUUUUAAGCCCUAAUCGGUGAUUUGUAUAGGUAGAUAUAUACAUAUAUAUGUCAAAAUGAUACAUUGAGUCUGUGUUUAUGCUAUUGGGAAUAAA